AUGUUGCUUCACAUUAUCCUCAUAAAGCCGUCAAGAUUUUGCAAAAACUUGGGAUGUUGUUUAAGCAUAUAAAACGGCCGGUUCUGAUGGUACCGGUCUAGUAUCUCUUUUGGUUCCACGUGUUCUUUAUUUAUUAAAAAUGUUGAAAUUGAUCAUUUUCUGUAGCUGCUUACUGCUGACCCACUCAGCCCCUAAUCCAGCGUGGGACCUGCACAGCCCACUCAUAAUAACCCACGCGCCCAUCAUCACUCAUGUGCCCAUCAUCGCCCAUGAACCUUUAAUCAAGCCUAUAAUCGCACAUGCGCCCAUAAUUAAAGAUUAUGCGCCCACGGUAACUUAUGAACGGGAGCCUAUUAUUGCGCCCAUAAUUUCCCAUGGGCAUAUCGUUAAGACUAUUGUGACGUCACCGUCCGUAUUACAGGCCUACGCUCCUACUUGGUCUUACGACGGAUUUCACUAGGAAUUCUUAUGUAUUUUAUUGUUUUUUAUGUACCUGGAAUAAUAUUUACUUAAGGCAUGUACAAUUAUUUAAAUAUAUAAUAGCCGUAAUACGAUUAUUGUAGUACAAAGUAUGCUUAAGGUUUGUUUAUGUAAAUAAAGAUUUAUGCAACUUAA